AUAGGAACAAGGGGUUGGGGAUUUAGCUCAGUGGUAGAGCGCUUGCCUAGCAAGCGCAAGGCCCUGGGUUCGGUCCCCAGCUCUGAAAAAAAAAGAAAAAAGAAAAAAAGAAUAAUAGGAACAGAGGAAGAAGAUUCUCAGCCCCAAGCCCCAGAAAAUAUUUUCAACAAAAAUCAUAAAAGAAAAUCUCCCUAAUCUAGAGAAAGAGAUGCUUAUAAACAUAUAAGAAGCUGACAGAACACCAAAUACAUUAGAUAAGAAAACUCUGUAUAACAAUACAAACAUUAUAAAACAAAGGAAAAAUAUUAAAAACUGCAAGGGAAAAAGCCAUGUAAUAUAUAAAGGCAGAUCUAUCUUACACCUGACUUCUCAACAAAGACUUUAAAAGCCAGAGAGAGGCUCCUGAGCAGAUGUCUUCUAGACUCUAAAAGACCACACCUGUCAGUCCAAACUACUAUACCCAGCAAAACUUUUAAUCACUAUAAAUGGAGAAAACAAGACACUCCAUUACAAAACCAAACUUGAACAAUAUCUAUCCACAAAUCCAUCCCUACAGAAGAUAAUACAAGGAAAACUCUAACCAAAGGAGGUCAACUACACCCAAAGCAAUAUAAGAAAUAAAAAAAUCCCACCACACAGACAGACAGACAGACAGACAGACACACACACACCACCACCACCACCACCACCACCACCAUCACUAAAAUCAAAAUAACAGGAAUAAACAGUCAUUGGACAUUAAUAUCUCUUAACAUCAAAGGAUUCAAUUUGCCAAUAAAAAGGAAUAGUCUAACAGAAUGGAUGUGAAAAAAGAAUUCCUCAUUCUCCUGCAUUAAAGAAACACAACUCAGCAAGGAAAUGGACAUUACCUUAGAGUAAAGGGCUGAAAAAGACUUUCCAAGUAAACUGAGACAAGAAGCUAGCCGGAGUAGCCAUUCUAAUACCUAAUAAAAAUAGACUUACAGCCAAAAGAAACGGGGAAGGACAUUUCAUAUUCAUCAAAGGAAAAUCCACCAAAAUUACAAAUCAAUUCUGAACAUCUAUUCUCCAAGUUCUAGGGUACACAGAUUCAAAAUAGAAACAUUACUAAAUCUUAAACCCUACACAUUAGUAUUGGGAAAAUUAAACAUCAUACACUUACCAAUGGAUAGCUCAGCAAGACAUAAACUUAGCGGAGAAAUAAUGAAACUAACUGACAUUAUAAAUCAAAUGGACUGAACAUAUCUGCAGAACAUUUCAUUCAAACACAAAAGACUAUACCUUCUUCCCAGCACCUCAUGAAACCUUCUCCAAAGCUGACCCCAUAAUUGGUCACAAAGCAAGCCUCAAUAGACACAAGAAGACUGAAGUAAUCCCUUGUAUCUUACCAGACUACCAUGGAUUAAAGCUGGAAUUCAACAAUACAAAAGAAAGCCUACAAACUCAUAGAUACUGAAGAACUGUCUAUACAAUAGCCCAUGGGUCGGGAAGAAACAAAGAAAGACUUUUCAUAAUUCAAUGAAUAUGAAGCCAUAAUGAAAGGAGAAUUAUAUGAAUUCUAGGUUUGGAGAUACAAAAUUAAAAGAAUAAACCCCAAAAGGCCACAGACCCAGGGCUAAGCCCUGCAGCCAGGACUAGCAGGCCAUAAAGAUAAAGGAGCACAGGAAACACUGUCCAGGCAGGACUGGCAAGCCAUAAAGAUAAGGAAAAGGAAUGCAGGAACCAGCCUGAGUUAAUGGGACUGAUUCAUGGGACGUCUGGCAGGAAGACAUCUCCCCCCAGCUCACUCAGGGCCAUAUUUCAACUAGGUGUCCUCCGGCCCCUGAUAAGCCCCUGACUUCUAGCACGUACUCUUUCUGCUUUGUUCUCACUGCUAUGUUUGAAUGAGCCAAUUGUAUGUAACCACGCCAAAACCCCCUAGCCUUCUCUAUAUAAACCUCUGACUUUUGAGUUUCGUGGUCGACACCUCUGUCUCCUGCAUGGGAUACGUGUCGGCCCAGAGAUCUCUGUAAUAGGUCUCCGUAAUAAACCUCACCUUUGCUUAUUACAUCCAAAAUGGUCUCUCUGUGUCUGGGGUCCGCGAUUUCCCAAGACUUGAGUAAGGGUCUCUCUGCAUGGGAUCUUUCAAUAACAUAUCCAAACUUAUGGGACACAAUGAAAACAGUACUAAGAGGAAAGUUCAUAGCACUAAGUGCUCUCAUAAAGAAACUGGAGAGAUCUUAUGCAACUUAACUGCACAACUAGAAGUUCUAGAAUAAAAAGAAGGAUACAAAAGGAAAAGGGAGGCAAACCCUUAGACAAACUAAAUGAAAGACGGAGAGAAAAUAUCCAAAUUAACAAAAUCUCAAAGGAAUGGGGAGCAUAACGGCAGACACUGAGGAAUUCCAAAGAAUUACUUCCAAAGGUCUGACUCAAAAUAGCCCAAGGCCAGAAGGUUUUAGUGCAAAAUUCUUCCAGACUUAAAGAAGAGCUGAUACUAAUACUCCUCAAACUAUUCCACAAAAUAGAAACAAAAGAAACAUUGCCAAAUUUAUUCUAUGAGGCUAUAGUCACCCUGAUACAUAAACAAAGACUCAAUAAAGAAAUAAAUUUUUAGACCAAUUUCCCUUAUGAACAUUGGUGCUAAAAUACUCCCAAAAUGAAUUCAAGAACACAUAAAAGACAUUAUCCACCAUGACCAGGUAGGGUUCGUAUCAGUGACUUAGGGAUAGUUCAAUAUACAGAAAAUCCAUCCUGCCACCUCUAUGCCCACGUUCAUCAGACCUACUACUGAUCCUGAAACAUACAGGUAAGAUUCCCUUCCCCUUCCCACACCCAUAUUCCUUGCCCGCUGAGUCCUCUGGAGCACCCCCAGCUGCCCUGAUCAGCCUGCUCUCUCCACUGAACCCACUUUCUUCUGUCACCUCUCUACCCUCUUUCAGCAGACCUGUUGAUCCGGAGUCCUGGAGCACAAGGACACCCAUCUGAGGCCUGCCAUACGAGGAUUGGCAGCCUCCCAAUAUCUACUACAACAGGAACACCCAGGGAUUAAAGCCAUCCAGAUGGCUAAAGGCCCUCGAAAGAGACAAUCAACAAAAGCCAGGACAAUAUGACACCCUCAGAGCACAGCUCCCAUCCUACAGCAAGGUCUGGAUAUCUAAUACCACCAAAGCACAAGAAAAUGACCUUAAAUCCAUUGUUAGAAAGAUGAUAGGGGCCUUUAAAGAGAAAAUGAAUAAAUCCAUUAAAGAAAUACAGGGAAAUAUAUUGAAACAGGUAGAGGUCUUUGAAGAGGAAACAAAGCCUUCAAAGAAAUAGAGGAACAUUCAACUAAACACGUAAAGGAGAUAAAACUAUUCAAGACCUGAAAAUGGAAAUAGGAGCAGUAAAGAAAACACAGACUGCUGGAGUCCUGGACAUGGAAAACUUAGAGAACAGGAACAACAGAUGCAAUUAUCACCCACAGAAUACAGAAGAUGGGAGAGAAAACCUCAGACAAAGAAAAUACCAUAGAAGUGAUUUAUCACUCAAAGGAAAUGUUGAAUCUAAAAAAUUCCUGACACAAAACAACCAGGAAAUCCAGGAUACCAUGAAAAGACCUAACUCAAUAAUAGAAAGAUAAGGAAAAGAGCCACUGCUCCAAGGACCAGGAAAUAUUUUCAACAAAAUUAUAGAAAACUUUCUCAACUUAAAGAAGGAGAUGUCUAUAAACAUACAAGAAACUUAUAGAACACUAAUUAGGUUGGACCAGAAAAGAAAAUCAUCCCACCACAUGCUAAACAAAACAUAAAACCUACAGAACAAAGAAUAUUAAAAACAGCAAGGGAACAAUGCCAGGUAACAUACGAAGGCAGACCUAUCAGAAUUACACCCGAAUUCUCAAUGGAGACUCUAAAAGCUAGAAGGGCCUGGGCAGAUCUUACAAGCUUUAAAAAGAAUAAGAGAUGCCAACCUGGACUACUAUACCCAGCAAAACUCUGAAUAACCAUAGAUGGAGGAAACAAGAUUGUUAAGACUAAUUCAAAUUCAAACAACAUCUAUCCACAAACCCAGCCCUACAGAAAUAAUAGAAGGAAAACUCCAUAACUACACCCAAGCAAAUGCAGGCCACACACACACACACACACACACACACACACACACACACACACCACCACCACCACCACCACCACCACCACCACCACCAUCAAAAUAACAGGAAUUAACAAUCACUGGUCAUUAAUAUCUCUCAACAUUAAUGGAUUCAAUUCCCCAAUAAAAAGCUGCAAGCUAACAGAAUGGAUGCAAAAACAGCACCCAUUAUUCUGAUGCAUACAAGAAACACACAUGAACUAUAAGGACAGACAUUAACUCAGAGUAAACAUUUUCCAAGCAAACCCCAAAAGCAAGCUGGAGUAGCCAUUCCAAUACCAUAUGAAAUAGACUUUCAACAAAAAUUAAAAGAGGCAGGGAAGGACGCUUUGUACUCGUCAAAGGAAAUAUCUACCAAGAUGACAUCUCAAUUCUGAACAUCAACACGCAUUCCCAUAUUUAUAAAAGAAACAUUGCCAAAGUGUAAACAGCACAAUGAACCCCACCCAUUAAUGGUGUGAAACUUCAAAAUGCCACACUCUCACCAACUGACAGGUCAUGAGACAAAAACUAAGCAGAGAAAUAAUGAAACCGACUGACAUCAUGAAUCACAUGGACCUGACCCAUCUACAGAAUGUUUCACCCAAACACAAAAGAUUAUCCCUUCAUCUCACCACCUCAUGGAUCCUUCUCCAAAACCGACCACAUCGCAAUCCCCAACAGAUACAGGAAAAUCCAAAUAAUGCCUUGUAUCUGAUCAGACAACCAUGGACUAAAGCUGGACUUCAACAGCAGCAGACACCCAAGAAAGCCUGUCCACUCAUGGGAACUGAACUCAGUGAUCCCUGGGUCAGGGAAGAAAUGGAAGAGUUUCUAGAAUCAAGUGAAAAUGAAGGCACGGCAUACCCAGAUUUAUGGAACACAAGGAAAGCAGUGCUCAGAAGGAAGUCCAUAGCACUAAGCGCCUCCUGAAAGAAAUUAGAAAGUUCUUAUACUGGCAGUUUAUAAGUGCACCGGAAAGCUCUAGAAAAAAAAAAAAAGAUGCAAGCAUACAGAAGAGGAAUGUGAGGCAGGACGGAAAUCAAAAUGAGGGCUGAAAUCAAUCAAUUAGGAUCAAAGAAAGCAAUACAGAGAAUCAGUAAAAACCAAGAGGUGGUUCUUUGAGAAUAUUAACAAGGUAGGCAAACCCUUAGCCAAGCUAACCGACAGACAAGUAUCCAAAGAAACAAAAAUAGGAAAUAAAAAGACACAACAACAGAUGCUAAGUAAAUUCAAAGAAUCAUUGAGCCUUACUUCAAACGCCUGAAAUUCACAGAAUUGAAAAAUCUUAAUGAAAUGGUUGGUUUUCUACACAGAUAUCACUUACCAUAGUUAAACAAACAUCAGAUAAACUAUUUAAACAGCACUAUAACCCCUAAGGAAAUAGAAGCAGUCAAAAAAGGUCUCCCAACCAAAAAAAAAAAAAAAAAAAAAAGCCCAGGGCCAGAUGGUUUUAAUGCAGACUUCUACCAGAAUUUCAAAGAAGAGCUAACAAUACUCAUUAAACUAUUCCACAAAACAUAAACAGAUAGUAUGCCGCCAUACUCAUUCUAUGAAGUCGCAGUCACCCUGAUACCUAAGCCACACAAAGACUCAACAAAGAGAAUUUCAGACCGAUUUCUCUUAUGAACAUUGAUGCAAAAAUACUCAAUAAAAUACUCACACACUGAAUUCAAGAGCAUAUCAAAGACAUAAUAAUCUAACAUGAUCAAGUAGGCUUCAUCCCAGGGAUGCAAGGAUGAUUCAGUAUAUGAAAAUCUAUCAACCUAACCCAUCAUAUGAUCAAAAUGAAAGAAAAUAACCACAUCAUCAUUCCAUUAGAUGCUGAAAAUCCCUUUGACAAAAUCGAACACCCUUUCAUGUUAAAAAUUGUAUAUAACUUUAAUUUUUUCAAAACCUAUUUUUAAUGACCUUUUAACCCAAAACCCACCAGAUAUAGUGGAAAAGAAAGGAUAUGGGGGAACUGGACCUGUUUAGCAAGGUUCUUUGGAGCAUUCCUGUCUGUGUUGUCUGGAAAUUGGCAGUUCGGUUCAUAGGUUAGCAGGCAGUGACAGGUCACAAACACUUCAGGGAUACAGCAGCAGUUCAGUUCUAUAGAGUCAGCAUAGCAACGGCAGUGACAUGACCUAGCAGAGACAGCCAGUCCUCAGCCUUGGCUCAAGUCAGCAGGAGGGACCAACAGGAACACCAGGAGAAGUUCUCAGCUGUGCAUCUCUCAGGGAAGCAAAGAUCAGUGAAGAUCAGCGAAGAUUCGAGACCCUCAAGUUUUGCACAGCUAGUUGUACUAGCAAGCCAAGCUCUGUCUCCGUACUCCGUGGAGUCCUAUUUAUACCCUCUAAACAUCAUGUGUCCUCCAUGUGCCUUGCCUUAGCACAUAUCUUGCCUCAACAUGAGUGUCUGGCUCAGCUGACAUCACUCUGCCAAUCAGCCCAAGUUCUCGGAAGUGACAAGAAACUGCAGCACACCAUCAGAAGUUUUUUGGUGUGUUUCUCUCUGCGGAGUCCCAAAAAAAUGCAGCUCAACUGCGCAAUGCAAGGCAGACCAAUACAUGCAUGUUGUUAGCAAAGAAUCCUUUAUCACAUCUCCUUUCGUUUGCUUGCCUCAGCAGAACAUCCUCUCUCCUGUGUCUGCUUCAGCAAAUUGUUCCUUCACAAGUCUGCCUGAGCCUUUCAGACCCAUGUCCACUUCAGCUAAAUGUCCCUUCACGUGUUUGCCCCAGCACAACACCGUCUAAUGCAACUGACUCUUCAAAGAACCCUUAACGUUUUCCCUUCAGUCCCACAGAGAUCAGGGUUAUAAGGCACAUACCUAAAUAUAGUAAAAGCAAUAUGCAACAAGCAAUAACCAACAUCAAAUUAAAUGGAGAGAAACUUGAAGCAAUUCUACUACAGUCAGGGACAGGAGGAGGCUGCCCACUCUCUCCUUAUCUAUUCAAUGUAGUGCAUGAAGUCCUAGCUAGAGAAAUAAGAAAACUAAAGGAGAUUAAGGAGAUAAAACUUAGAAAGGAAGAAGUCAAAUUAUUUUUACUUUUGGAUGAUAUGAUAUACAUAAGUGACCCCCAAAAUUCUACCAGAGAACUCCUUAUAGCUCACAAACACUUUCAACAAAGUGGUUGGAUACAAAGUUAAUUAAAAACAAAAGUCAAUAGCCCUCCUUUAUACAAAUGAUAAAUGGACUGAGAAAGAAAUUAGGAAAACAACACCAAAAUUUUACAAUAUCCAAGAAUAAUAUAAGAUAACUUGGUGUAACCAUAACCAAAUAAGCAAAAGACCUAUAUGACAAAAACUUCAAUUCGCUGAAGAAAGAAAUUGAGGAAAAUACUAGAAGAUGGAAAGAUCCCCCAUUCUCAUGGAUCGGUAGGAUUAACAUAGUGAACAUGACCAUCUUACCAAAAGCAGUCAUACACAUUCAAUGCAAUUUCCAUCAAGAUUCCAACACAGUUCUUUACAGACCUUGGAAGAGGAAUUCUCAGCUUCAUAUGGAAAAACAAAAACAAAAAACAGGAUAGAGAAGACAAUCUUGAACAAUAAAAGAAUUUCUGGCAGAAUCACCAUCCCUGACCUCAAACUGUACUCCAGAACAAUAGUAAUAAAAACUGCGUGGAAUGAACAGGUUGACCAAUGGUAUCAAACUGAAGAUGCUGAAAUAAACCCAUAUGCCUAUAGACACUUGAUCUCUGACAAAGAAGGCAAAACCAUACAAUGGAAGAAAGAAAGCAUGAAAGAAAGAAACAAAUGGUGCUAGUCUAACUGGACACCUGUCUGUAGAAGAAUUCAAAUCGAUCUAUAUCUAUCGCCCUGCAUAAAACUGGAGUCCAUGUGGAUCAAAGACCUGAACAUAAUACCAGAUACACUAAAUCUGAUAGAAGAGAAAGUAAGGAAUAACCUUGAAUUGGUUGAAACAGGAGAUGACAUCCUAAACAGAACACCAGUAGCACAGACACUAAGAUUAAUAAUAAAUAAACGGGACUUCAUGAAACCAGAAAGCUUCUGUAAGGAAAAGAAUACCAUCAAACAAACAAACAAAAAGCAGGUUACAUGAUGGAAAAAGAUCUUUACCAACCCUACAUCUGACAGAGGGUUUAUAGCCAAAGAUAUAUAUAAAACCAAAUAACCAAAUUUAAAAAUGGGACACAGAGCUUAGUAGAGAAUUCUCUAGAGAGCUAUCUCUAAUGUGCAAGAAGCACUUAAAGAAAUGUUCAACAUCUUUAGUCACCAGAAAAACAUAAAUAAGAACAACAGUAACAUUUCAUUUUACACCCCUCAGAAUUGCUAAGAUUCAUCAAAACUCACAUGAGAGCACAUACUGGCAAGAUUGUGGAACAAGGGGAACACCCUUCCUCUUCUGGUGUGAGUGCAAACUUGUACAACCCUUUGGAAAUCAUUUUGGUGGGUUCUUAGAAAUCUGAGAAUAGUUCUAUUUUACUCCUGGGUAUAUACCCAAAACAUGGUCCACCCUACGAAAAAACCACUUGCUCAACUAUGUUCAUAGGUACUUUAUUCAUUAUAGCCAGAAGCUGGAAGCAACCCACAUGUUACUCAACUGAAGAACGAAUAAAGAAAAUGUGGUUCAUUUGCAUAACGGAAUACUACUCAGCUAGGAAAAACAAGUACAUCAAGAAUUUUGCAGGCAAGUGAAUGAAACUAGAAAAUUUCAUUCUGAAUGAGGUAACCCAGACCCAAAAGGACAUGCGUGGUAUGUACUCACUUAUAAGUGGAUAUUAGCCAUAAUACCCAAAGGAGCUAAGUAACAAGUAGUGCCUGAAGGAAGAUUUUUUAAGGUUUUAAAAUUUUAUUUAUAUGAGUACACUGCUGCUCUCUUCAGAUACACCAGAUGGCAAUGGAUCCCAUUACAGGUGGUUGUGAACCACCAUGUGGUUGCUGGGAAUUGAACUCAGGACCUCUGGAAGAGUAGUCAGUGCUCUUAACCACUGAGCCAUCUCUCCAGCCCCACAAGGGAGGAUUCUCGAAUCUCACUCAGAAUGGGAAAAUAGACCAGCAUCCAUAACGUAAUCUUUGAACAGGUAAAAACCAAAGAGAGAAAACAGCAAUGGGAAUUGUUGCCAGUAGUUUCAUUUGGACUUUAUACAAGUGACUCAUUUUGUUGUUGUUGUUGUUGUUGUUGUUGUUGUUGAGACAGGAUCUCCCAUUGCAUAGCCCUAACUGUCAUGAACACACUGUGUAGACCAGGCUGGCCUCACACACACACACACAGAUCUGCCUUCCUCUUCCUCCAGAGCUCUGGGAUAAAAGUGUGUGCCUAAUGCCCAGCUGCUUGCCAGCUGUUUGUUUAUUGAGAGAGGGUCUCUUUGUGUGCCCGCGUCAUUCUUUUAGAGUAGUUGUUACCCAGGUUCAUCUUGACCCCCUGGCAGAAUUAUGCUUUUCCUGAUAACCACAGGGGACUUAAUGCUAUCUGUGAAUCCGAGCUGUCUCCUUCAGCCGCCCCCUUUAGCUGCCUCUUAGAGCUGUGUUCUUUGAUAGAGCCUGAGCCUGAGUCAAGGUUUCUUCCUCUUGUAGGAAUGGGGCCCAUCUGGAGGGUACUCUUAGUGAACAAACUUUAACAUAAACAACAGGCAGUAACAUAAACUCUCUCAGCAACCCUACACUUCAAUCCUGGCGCAAAAUUUUCUUUCUGACAGUCUCUUGCAAGCCUGGUUAGCACACACACUAUCUUCCAGUCCUAUUGGAGACAGAGCUCCUGUAUCUGAAUUCAGUUCUGUGUGACUUAGCAUGUCCUAAUCAAGUUUACUCAUCAAUCCUUUAUAGUAUCGAUUUAUUUAAGUUCUUCUUGUAUCAGUACAAGCAUGGGAUUGCAGUGUCCCUAGAAGCCAGAAGAGAGUGUUGAGUCCCUUGGAGCUGGAGUCACAGGUAGUUGACAGUAAGUAGAAACUCCUUCAACCUCUGCAACAGCAGGACACGGUGUUAACCGCUGAACCUGUAACGGGUGUGUGGGUAUUCAGAGACUCACCAAGGUGAGCAUGAAGCUAUUUGAGCAAAGAAGAGGCUUUUAUGCAGCUCCUGAUGCAAAGGCUUCACCUGGUACUCAAGAUUCCCAAUUGUAGCCCAUAGCCACAUUAGGUCAGGAGUUUAUAAAGGAAAAAAAGAGAGCAUAAAGUUACAUUCAACAACUCUCUCUUCUUCCGGCCACUGACCUUGCACAGAUACCUUGUACAGAUAUCUUGUGCAGAUAUCUUGCAGGUAGGUGUCCUGGUUAUCUCCAGCUUUAAACAAGCUUUGUUUACAGAAGCAGAAGCGGUGGUUAACCUUGGGACCAUCUUGUGUAAGCAAUAGUUUUGUUAAAGCUGUACAAGACCAGAAUUUACCAAAACAACCUUCAACACUUGAAAGUCCAAUUUUGCUUUGUAAUUAAACUUUUACACAUAAAGGAAGCAAUUAACAUACCUAACGUUUGCCUCUAAAAGCCAUCUCCUUUAUCACCCAAGGGUUUUUUACCUUUGAUACCACCAACAGGUAUGAGAGAGAGAGAGAAAAAAAAUCCUGCUUCUUAUUUGAAUAUGAAAGAAAAGAAAAAAAAACCUGGGAGUUUUUACAUAUUAACCCCCCCCCCAAAAAAAUCUCAGCCUCUGUGUCUGAUUUUUGUUGAGUCUGAUAUAACCUUACGUAGAAGGUUAACCUGGAAUAUUCAAUUAGUUGUGGAAAGGCUUCUGCCUUAAAAUAUCCUUUAACAAAAACUAGUCAAUCUUUCCAUGAGGCCAGGGCUUGACCAGGAUGCAUCCUACAACGUCUCUGGCUUUUGGGGGCAAUGCCCAUACACUCCCUUGCUCCUCUAGCCCUCCACUCCGGAGUCUAAGGUCUGAAGCCCUGUCCAAUCAAAAGCAAUUUUAAAAGAGCAUCCAAUCAGAUUCCCUGACAGAUAGGGAGCUGGCUUUGUUCAGAACUAUGGAUCUUUUUUUCUUCUCCCACUUCUCCUACCCACCCUGACCCAAGCUAACCUCUGUCAGGUGCUUCUUCUCCCUCUCCGUCUCUGGGAUUCUCUGCCUCGUCCUGUCGCCAGUGUCUGGCUGCUCCCUGCUGAGGGAAGCUCCAUAAUUAGGGCACUGGUGUUCAGGAACCGGAAAUGGGUUCCGUGUCAUUUGAAGACAUUGCUGUGGACUUCACCUGGGAUGAAUGGCAGCAUCUGGAUGUGGCACAGAGGAGACUCUACAGGGACGUGAUGCUGGAGAACUACAGCAGCCUCCUGUUCUUGGGACGGUGCAUGACCAAACCUGAGGUGAUCUUCAAGUUGGAGCAUGGAUUUGGGCCAUGGCCUGUGGUAGACUCCUCUGUCCGCAGCCUUCCAGGUAUUCAUAAAAUGCCUGCCCAGAAUGCAAAUGACCAGGAAAACCACAAAGGACAUUUGUGGCAAGUUGAAAUUGCCAACACCCAGACGCCGAAUGACAAAAGUGUUAAAGCAGACCUGAAGGUGUCCCGGAAACUCCAACCCGGGACAGCAUCCCAGGAAGAUAAAGGAUGUGUGAGGGCAUUGAUCCAGCAGCCUCAGCACACGAGGGGUCGGAGGAGUCACACACGUAAGAAAAGCGGUCGUCAUAAGUCACCUCUCAGUCACUGUCAGAGGCCUCUUAAUGAGGAGACGCUGUGUACACACAGACAGCACAGGAAGUCACAGGUGACGGGACAGAGAAGUCACGAAGGGGAGAAGCCAUAUGAAAACUCAGGAUGUGGGAAAGCCUCCCACACCAAGUCUCAGCAUCAGAGCACUCCCAGAGACGAGAAGCCCUACAAAUGUCUCGAAUGUGGGAAAUAUUUCUACUACAAGUCACAAAUCAUUGAGCACCAAAGAAGUCACACAGGUGAGAAGCCUUAUGAGUGUACAGAAUGUGGAAAGUCUUUCAGCUAUAAAUCACACCUCACUGUCCAUCACAGAAGUCAUACGGGUGAGAAGCGUCAUGAAUGUACAGAAUGUAGAAAAGAUUUUUACUAUAAGUCCCAACUCACACAGCACCAAAAAAGCCAUACGGGGGAGAAGCGCUAUGAAUGUACGCAGUGCCCUGAAGCUUUCUACUUUAAGAAACAACUUACCCAUCAUCAGAAAACUCAUAGUCCUGAAAAGCACUUUAAAUGUAAACAGUGUGGUAAAGCUUUCAACUGGAGGUCCAACCUGGCUGUGCAUCAGAAAAUCCACAGUGGGGAGAAGCCCUUUGAAUGUAAACAAUGUGGUAAAGCCUUUUACUGCAAGUCCCACCUCACCGUGCAUCAGAGAACUCAUGUAAAUAAAAAGCUUUAUCCGUGCUCACAGUGCAGGAAGGCAUUCUACUCUCAGGCACAGCUUGCUCUACAUCAGAGAAUUCACACUGAUGAGAAGCCCUAUGAGUGUAAACAGUGUGGCAAAACAUUCUACAGCAAGUCUGGGCUCACUGCACAUCAGAAAACGCAUACGGGCGAGAAGCCCUACGCAUGUAAAGAGUGUGGGAAGGCGUUCUAUAACAAGUACCUGCUCAUUGAGCAUCAUAGAGUCCAUACGGGCGAGAAGCCCUAUCAAUGUACAGAAUGCAGGAAAGCAUUUUUCUCCAAGAAACAUCUUUCUCUCCAUCAGAAAACUCACGCAAGUGAGAAGUCAUUUUAUUGUGCAGAGUGUGGGAAAGCUUUCUCCUGGAUGUCACACCUCACUCAGCAUCAGAGAAUUCAUACGGGUGAGAAGCCUUAUGCAUGUGAACAGUGUAGGAAGACUUACUACUUUAAGAGACAACUCACUCGACAUCAAAGAACUCAUACACACGAGGAGUCAUGAGGUAUAAAUAACACUGGCGAAUGCCACCUCUCUGUAUGAAAGAAAUAAGAGAGAAGCCCUGUGGUGAGUGUUGCAGAUACAGACAUUUUUGUCCCUCAUGCAUCCCUUACUCCAAGUCAGAUGAGAAAGCCUAAGAGAGUAAAGAAUGUAUGAACUCCUGCUGAAGUGUAUCAUCAGGAAUGAUUAAUGUAAAACCUGUGGACAUUUUCUAGUGUAAGUCAGGUCACUCAACCAAUGAGCCUAUACUGGGGUCUAUCUGCAAACACUGUUGGAAGGCAUGUUCCUCAUACUGUGUGUAAGAGAGUUCAUGCAUGGGGCUGUCUCCUAUGGAGUUAAAAACUAUACCAUAGCUUUCUCAUUCUUCCCAUUACUUCAGUGUAUUGUAGGUGGGGUAACACAGAACAUAAAGGACAGAGGAAGGUGUUCGAACAUUAAACCCCAUCAGUUCACACCUGAAAGCUUUUACAGGUGCAGGCCCAGUGACAUUAAUGAAAAUAGACACAUUUUGAGAUAGAAAUUGGACAUUUAGGAACUUGUUAUGUGAUAUGUCACAUAGAGCAAAAAGCAAAGCGAGAUGUAUUAUUUCAUGCUUUCAAUUCUAGGUCCUGAUACUGCAGGUUUACUAGGACUCAGCGAUUGAAGAUUGAACUUAGCAUCAUAGGCAGGUUCCGUUUGAUAUAAAGUAGAAAAGCCUUGUUGAAGUGCCCAUGUCAAGUUAUGACAUUGCAGCCCCUGUGUUAAAAACCCAUAUAAAUUCCCAGAUAUGAAGAGUAUAAGGAGUACCAAUACUUUUGAAAUGAACUUAAAAUUUAACCUAGAAUCAUUAAACCAAUACACAGGAUUAAACAUAAGAUUCCAGUAUGAAGACAUUCUUGAACUUAGCAACAUAGGCAGGUUCCAUUUGAUAUAAAGCAGAAAAGACUUCUUGACGUUCUCCCCUGUCAGACGAUGACAUUGUGACCCAUGUCUUUAAAACCCUCAGAAUCUAAAGAGUGCCAAAACUUGAAAUUUAUCUGGCAUCAGAAACCCAACACAGAAGAUUCCAGUAACAUUCUUGAAAUGAAAACAUUCUUGCCUCCGUAGUCCAGGUGGCUCUUUUUACAAGGAUUCACCAACUAUUUAUAGUAUAAAGACUCCAGAAACAGCACUCAGCCAUGCUUCCCACAGUACCAGCCCUCAGAGAGCUCAUGAACAUGAGAGCACAUUUGAAGCUCACACAUUAACUUGUCUUAAACGUGGCUCAGUGGCCGUGUGCUCAUCAGUCUUGUGCUGUGUGUCUGCCCACAGAACUUUUCACGUGUCAUCUUGAUUUAGGAUAUUUUUGUUCAUGUUCAUUUGUAAAUCAGUUCAAACUGUACACAAGAUUGAAUGCCUCCUCAGGCAUGAGAAUUUUAAAUAUGUUUACAUUUUUAUACUUGUUAACCUUUGAGACAAGCACUUGAUGUGUAGCCUAUGUGUCCUCAGGCUUCUGCAUCCUCAUUGGUAUAUAUCUAUACACACACACACACACAUACACACAUGUACAGAACAUUCACACCCAAUAGAAGUACAAGACAUUCUUUAUACAUUAAGACAUUGUACAUCAUAACAUCAGCAUAUGUGAUUUUCAUCUUAAUUUUCAAGUAGAAUUGUAUUUAAAUGUGCUAUUGGAGAUUAAAAUGUUAAACUGUACCCAAAUAAACAUAGUGAUAUUCCUUACCAAUAUAUACUUGGCAAUUUUUUUUCAGAUUUUUAUUCUUUAUAAUGCAUUGGAUGGAACCCACAGACUCAUGCGUGCUAGGCAAAUGCUCUACCAUAGCAUUUUAGGCAAGGUUUUGAUGAAUUUUUUGUCAUUACCAGAGCUUCAUAGUUGAAAUUAAUUGACUAAAGGCCACACAUACUAUUAAGUUGAUGUGCUUUAUAGAUAGUAGACUUCAUUUACUUGAGUGUCUUCAUCAUAACCACAAAGAAUAUGUGAAGUUUGCCUAAAAAUAUAGCAGUUGAAGGUUAGAGUACACCUCGCAACAUGGCAUCUGCCUUUGCGAGUGUACUUUAUAAUUGUAAUCCCCAACACCCACAAAUAAUAUAGAAAAACUUGGUCAGAAAGCAUAAUUCAAAGAGAAGGUACCAGCUUUAUUCAGAGCCAUGCCCUUAACCAUCUGAGCUGCACCAUCAGAAGUCUAAAAUAUUUCUCCAAAUAGUGCCACAAUUUCAAGAUCAAACACUUAGUACAUAAAUGUGGUAGAAAUUCCAUGUGCACAUAGUGAUUGUGUUUCCAAAUAGGUUAAUCAAUUAUUUAAGGAAGCGUGGGAGACUAUUAAUAAGGCAAAUGCAAUUAAAACUGAUAAACAAGAUAUCCAAAGCCUUUAGGAAUAAGGAGCACAUUUUAAUCAGAAUAAAAUAUGCACAGUAAAUAACAUCAUAAACAUGAGAGGGCUCCCCUUCUCAUAGGAGAAGGGGGAGAGUGAGGCUGAUAUGAUGUAAAGUAAAUGAAUAAAUUAAUUUAAAAGUGAAA